GAAUAUGUUUAAUUAGAGACUUGUGCACAGCUGCCUGUAGGCUGUACACAGGAAAUAGGCAGAGUAAAGCGGAUAAUAUUACAGCGCGAGACGGGCCGGGGAGGCGUGCCUGGUCGCCAUGGAGAUCGGGGUAACAUGGCGAGUUUUUCGAGCUGAUCAAACAGUGGUUUUAUUUUUGAUUUUUAAACUCGCUUUAGAUAUGCAAAGCUUACGGCUUGUUCAGCUCCCCCUAUUAUGGGUAAUCUGAAUACACGCAAGGCGUUUGAAUUUUCGGAGGGAUGGAAUAUUACAGGAUAAUCAAAAAAAUCGGAGAAGGGACGUUUUCCGAGGUGGUGAAAACCCAAAGUCUAAGAGAUGGGAAAUACUACGCGUGCAAAACAAUGAAGCAGUCCGUCGACAGUUUGGAGCAGGCAAACAACCUGAGAGAAAUUCAAGCUAUGAAGAGGCUGAAUCCCCACCCUAACAUCAUUCAGCUGCAUGAAGUCAUCUUUGACAAAGAAACGGGUACCCUCUCCUUGAUAUGUGAAUUAAUGGAAAUGAACAUCUAUGAGUUAAUACAAGGUCGGCAGCAUCCUUUGCCUGAGAAUAAAGUGAAAUACUACAUGUACCAGCUAUGCAAGUCACUGGAUCACAUGCAUAGAAAUGGGAUCUUCCACAGAGAUGUCAAACCAGAGAACAUCCUAAUCAGACAGGAUGUGCUGAAGCUGGCCGACUUUGGCUCCUGCAGGAGCGUCUACUGCAGGCCGCCACACACGGAGUACAUCUCCACGCGUUGGUACCGGGCCCCUGAGUGCCUGCUCACCGACGGCUACUACUCACACAAGAUGGACGUGUGGAGCGCCGGAUGCGUCUUCUUUGAGAUCCUCAGCCUCAACCCCCUGUUCCCUGGCACCAAUGAACUGGACCAGGUUUCCAAGAUCCACGAAGUUUUGGGAACACCAGACCCUAGUCUCCUCUAUAAAUUCAAGCAGUCGCGUGCGAUGAGCUUCGACUUCCCCCCGCAGAAGGGCUGCGGCCUGUCGCGGCUCAUCCCACACUGCUCGCCCACCAGCCUGGCGCUGCUGCACCGCAUGCUGGAGUAUGACCCCGAGGACCGCAUCGGCGCCGGGGCCACGCUGCAGCACCCCUGCUUCCGAGAGCUGCGGCUGGCGGAAAGGAGGGCGGGCGGCCAGCGCAGGGCAGUCAGGACGGUCGAAGGCGGAGAGGGCGGCACGCCGGCCAACCCCGUGGACCAGCUAUGGCGCAUCGCCAGGCAAGGACGGCGGCAGCUCCUGGGCAGACACGUAGCUGAGCCGCUGCUCAGGCAGAACGGGCCGCCGUUCCCGGUGGAGCUCCCAAAGCUAAAUGUGGUGAUGCCCACGCCAAAGAUUUCGUCCUUUCCCAUCAACACCCUGCCAGCCCUCCCCGUCACCCACCGCGGGUCUCUACCAGCCAUCACAUCCAAAAAGUGCCACUCGCACCUAUCCAAGGUAAACAUAGGCGAUUCCACUUCCUAUGAAAGCAGCAAUGCCCGUAUAUCUCUACAGCUGGCCCCUGUAGACCAAAAACGGUGAAGCAGGAGCAUCUCAUGCGAAGGUGAAGCAACACCAGCCAAACUCCACUGUUCUCACCUUCCUUGACAAAUGUCGGGAAAUCGGAAUUGGCAUCUUGUUGGUUUAUUGACCAGGGAGUUCUGAGUGAUGAUCUUUGCUUCCUGCAGCCUACAGAGUCGUCGCACCGGAGAAACUUCAAAACCUGCCUCAUGCCUUCCAUAGACCCGAAGGUCAGUGGCUGCUAAGGUUCAAAUGCUAAAGACUCAAAACAAGAGCGCCCCCCACAUGUUGGGGAACGGAACUGCAAGUCCAUCUGGCUGUGAGUCACCAGCCUAACAAAAAAGAACCACUUCUCUGUGCUUUUUAAUACACAUACUUAUGUUGCCACCUUGU